AAACGUCUUCUCACAUCUGAGAAUCGAAACUGCAAUGGAGACAGCUUUAUUUUUUUUUUCCACUUCCUUAAUCCCUGUCAGCAUCAGACACACCCUGGUACUUUUCAGCCGCGUGAGCUGGUACCAAGGUAGAAGUACUGUCUGGUAAAGCUUUCAUCAAGACUAAAUGAAGGCGUUUUUCUCUGACAUCUCGGGAGGAAGAAACUACAGAGACCAGACAUUUGCUGCACCCAAAUGGUCAGCUUUUCCCUUUUUUUUUCAAACAUAGAAGAAAUUUGAACGUUUCGUGGGAACAUCAUUGACCUCCAUGAUCCACGCCCUUACCCUGGACAGUGGGAGUCUUUUCCCUGACUCUUGAGUCAGUUUUGACUUCCAGCAGUCGUAGUCCAGAUUAAGGGUGUCAUCCUGUCUCAAGAUCCAUAUCAAAGAUAUCAGAAUGGCAGAGAAACUCAACCUUCCAAAAAAUACUGAUGACUGGACUAAAGAGGACGUAAACCUGUGGUUACAAAGCCAUAAGAUUGACCAAAAGCACCGGGAAACCUUGAUGGCACAAGAUGUGAGUGGAGCAGUCUUGAAGUGGUUAAAUAAAAACAAUCUUAUUGAAAUGGGCCUAACCCAUGGACCAGCUAUCCAAAUAGAAGAGCUAUUCAAAGAAUUGCAGAAAGCAUCUUCAAAACAUUCUACUCAGACAUCUAAGGGGAAAAAGGGUAACAAAAUGACUCCUAAAACACAGACAGAAAGUAGAGAGACUUCAAAGCAAAACCAAAGGAGUGAAGAGAAUGCAGAUAAGGCUGAUGCCUCUACAGUGAGGCCAGAGACUAAAGGGUCUAAAUCAGAAAAAAGAAAUGAGCUGAUGGAAGACAAGACAGAGCAACAGGGUGAACAGUCACCUCCAGGACCAACAUGUGUUGCAUACCCUUUCAAUGAAUUCAGUAAUCCAUAUCGUUACAAAUUACAUUUCAUCCUACAGCCUGAAACAGGGCCGCUUAAUCUCAUCGACCCAGUACAUGAAUUCAAAGCCUUCACAAACACAGAAACAGCCACAGAAGUGGACAUUAAGAUGAAAUUUAGCAAUGAGACUUUCCGGUUUGCUUCAGCUUGUAUGAAUUCACGUACUAACGGCACCAUUCAUUUUGGAGUCAAAGACAAGCCCCAAGGAAAAAUUGUUGGCGUGGAACUAACCAUGGUCACUAAAGACGCCCUAAUUGACCACUUCAAUCUGAUGAUAGACCGGUAUUUUGAGGUCCAUCAGGUCCAACAAGCAAAGAAGUGUAUCCGAGAGCCAAGAUUUGUGGAAGUUUUAUUGCCAAACAGUACUCCAUCCAACAGAUUUGUUAUUGAGGUAGAUGUCAUACCACAAUACUCUGAAUGCAGAGAAGACUUUUUCCAGAUCAAAAUGCAACAUCUUAAGACCCAAACAUGGCAACCAAGUUCAAAGUACUCAGUCUUUGUGCGAGAUGGGCCCAAAAGUAAGGAUAUCAUAGGGAAUAAGGUUGAUUUCAAAGCCUUUAAGUUAGACUUAAAAGCAGUGACAGAGUCUAGGAAAGAAGCAGAAGCAAAAUGCAAAGUAAAACCCGACGGAAACAAGGGCGAGGGACAGAAGCUAAUUGAACUGUUGACAGGAAACCAGGACCUGUUAGAUAACUCAUACUAUGAAUGGUACAUACUUGUCACAAAUAAAUGCCAUCCUGAUCAAAACAAUCACUUAGACUUCCUAAAGGAAAUUAAAUGGUUUGCUGUGUUGGAGUUUGAUCCUGAAUCUGAGAGCAAAGGUGUAGUCAAGGCUUUCAAAAGAAGCCGAGUAGCAAAUCUCCACUUUCCAAGCCAAUUUAUGGAAGGAAAAAAUACAUUGAAUGAGAGAAUUUCCAGUCUGAAUCUUUACCAGCAACCCAGCUGGAUUUUCUGCAAUGGCAGGUUAGACCUUGAGAGUGAGAAAUACAAACCCUUAGAUCCAAUUUCUUGGCAAAGAGAAAGAGCUUCUGAGGUCAGGAAGCUGAUUUCAUUUCUUACACAUGAUGACAUAAUGCCCAAAGGGAGAUUCCUGGUAAUAUUUUUAUUACUGUCCCCGGUGGAUGACCCAAGAGACCCUCUUAUUGAGACUUUCUGUGCUUUCUAUCAGGAUCUUAAAGGAAUGGAAAAUAUACUGUGUAUUUGUGUACACCCAGACAUAUAUCAGGUAUGGAAAGACCUUCUUGAAGCAAGGCUAUCAAGACAGCAAGAUGAAAUAUCAAGCCAAAGCAUUUCUACUUUAAAUAUUGCAGAGAUAAAUGGCACUAUUCUUAAGUUAAAAUCUUUAACUCAGUCUUCAACGCGAUUCUUGCCAUCUGUUGGUUCAUCUACAGUCCUUCUGAAAAGGGAAGAAGAAGUCAUGACUGCCUUGGAAAUUCUCUGUGAGAAUGAAUGUGAAGGUACACUCUUGGAAAAAGACAAAAAGAAAUUACUUGAAUUCAAGACAUCCAAAGAGGAAGACUUCUACAGGGGUGGUAAAGUAUCCUGGUGGAACUUCUACUUCUCUUCUGAGAACUAUUCUUCAUCAUUUGUGAAAAGAGAUAAAUAUGCAAAACUUGAAAAAAAAAUUCAAGAAUGGGCAGAUUCUUCUCAACCAGUUUGUGCAAGAAUUAUCCAUCUCUAUCAUCAUCCAGGCUGUGGAGGAACUACUUUGGCCAUGCAUAUUCUCUGGGAGCUAAGAAAGAAAUUCAGAUGUGCUGUGCUGAAAAAUAAGACAGAGGAUUUCUCAGAAAUCGGGGAACAGGUGACUAAUUUAAUCACCUAUGGAGCAACGAGCCAUCAAGAGUACUUACCUGUGCUGCUUCUUGUUGAUGAUUUUGAGGAACAAGAUAACGUCUACCUUCUUCAGUCCUCCAUUCAAACUGCUGUUGCUAACAAACAUAUUAGAUAUGAGAAGCCUCUGGUGAUCAUUAUAAAUUGUACAAGGUCACAAAAUCCUGAGAAAAGUGCAAAGACCCCAGACAGUGUUGCUCUAGUACACCAACUGUCUGACAAAGAGCAGAGAGCAUUUGAGCUUAAAUUGAAAGAAAUCAAAGAACAGCAUGAAAAAUUUGAAGAUUUUUAUUCUUUUAUGAUCGUGAAAACAAGCUUUAACAGAGAGUAUAUAGAAAAUGUGGUCAGGAACAUUCUGAAAGGGCAAAAUGUCACCACCAAGGAAGCAAAGCUCUUUGCUUUUCUGGCUCUUCUUAACACAUAUGUACCUGACACUACCAUUUCCCUCUCACAGUGUGAGCAUUUCCUAGGAAUCUCAAACAAGAAGGCUUUCUGGGGAACAGAAAAGUUUGAAGACAAGAUGGGUACCUACUCUACAAUUCUAAUCAAAUCAGAGGUGAUAGAAUGCGGGAGCUACUAUGGAGUGCGCAUCAUUCACCAUGAGAUUGCCACUGCCUCACUGGAAGAAUUGAAGAGAAGCUACAACUUGAACAAAAGUAAAAUCGUGAUGGAUAUGCUCACAGAAAAUUUGUUCUAUGACACAGGUAUAGGAAAAGACAAGUUUUUCCAAGACAUGCAAACACUUUUGCUCACAAGACAGCGUGAUGAGCAUGAAGGUGAGACAAGGAACUUGUUCUCCCCAUUCAUCGAAGCAUUACAUAAAGAAGAAGGAAAUGAUGCAGUUAAAGAUGUAUUACUUGAAGCUAAUCGUAGGUUCAACCCCAAUGCAUUCAUUUGCCAAGCCUUAGCAAGACAUUUCUACCUUAAAGAGAAGGACUUUACAAAUGCUCUUUUUUGGGCAAAACAAGCAAGAAAGAUACAACCUGAUAAUUCCUACAUCUCAGAUACACUAGGUCAAGUCUACAAAAGUAAAAUAAGAUGGUGGAUAGUUGACAAUGUAAGAAAUGGGACUAUCUCAGUUGAUGAUCUAACUGAUCUGUUAGAUUUAGCUGUGCAUGCAUCCAAUGCUUUCAAAGAUUCUCAACACCAAACUGAAGAUAGAGAGUAUGAAGGGAAAGAAAGGAUGCAUCAGAAGUCUAAAAGGAGGUAUGAUACUUACAACAUAGCUGGUUAUCUAGGGGAGAUAGAAGUGGGACUCUUCACUAUCCAGAUCCUCCAACUCAUUCCUUUCUUUGACAACAAAAAUGAACUAUCUAAACGAGAUAUGAUCAACUUUAUAUCAGGAAAAUGUGAUAUCCCAGGGAACCUAAAUGAAUUUAAGUCAGCACUCAAGAAUUUUAUUCCUUAUCUAACUAACCUGAAGUCUUCUUUGAAGAGAUCCUUUGACUUUUUUGAUGAUUACUUUGUCCUUCUAAAACCCAGAAACAAUAUAAAGCAAUAUGAAGAGGCUAAAAGUCGGAGAAAGGUAGGUUUAUACUUUAAGAUGUAUGUAGAAAUAUUUGGCCCCGUGGAAGAAUCACAAAAUCAAAACUUUAGAUCAAAGCUCAGUCUACCACUUCAAGUAGAAAAGACUCGGAGAAGCCUAGAAGCUUUAAAAGCAGACAAGUUUUCUGGACUCUUAGAAUAUCUUAUCAAAAGUCCAAAAGAUGCUGUGGGUUCCAUGGAAGACAUAGUGAACAAAUACACUUCCCUUCUUGAGCAAGGUGUUAUCAAAACCCAGCAAAAGGAAAAGCAAAAUUUCAUCUUGGCCAACAUCAUCCUCUCUUGUAUUAACCCUACCUCCAAAUUAGUGCAACCACUGAAAAGACUGAAAGAGCAGCUUCGAGAGAUCCUGCAAUCAAUUGGACCGAAUUACCAGUUUUCAGAACCUUAUUUCCUAGCUUCUCUUUUAUUUUGGCCAGAAACCCAAAACCUAGAUCAAGAUUCUAAACAAAUGGAAAAGUAUGCUUGGGCACUUGAAAAUUCUUUCAGGGGGCAAUAUAAACGCAUGUAUCGCACAAAGCAACCAAUUGCAUAUUUCUUUCUUGGGAAAGGCAGCAAUAGAAACAGACUUAUCCACAAAGGGAAAAUUGAUGAAAAUUUCGAAAAAGUAUCUGAUAUUAAUUCUUGGUGGCAUAGUGGAAAAGUAUGGGAAGAGGAAAAAGUUCAGGACCUUUUGAAUCGUUUACAGGGACGAGCUGAAAACAACAAUUUAUACAUAGAGUAUGGAAUCAAUGAAAAAAUCACAAUACCAAUUUCACCUGCUCACUUAGGUCAACUUAGAAGUGGGAGGAGCAUAGAAAAGGUGUCUUUUUAUCUAGGGUUUUCCAUUGGAGGCCUUCUUGCUUAUGACAUUAAAACUGUUUAAGAUCUUGAGUUUCUUUAUCUAGAAAUGUGGUUUUAGUAUCAUCUUUUUUUCUUUAAUUUGCUUAUAGAUAUAAUUCAGUAAUUUGUGUAGUGGGAAUGGGAGUAGUCGAAGAAAAGUAAGAUUGAACUUCAGGCUAUUUCUGUACAAUGGGUACAUAGAAUCCUUUUUACUUUUCCCUCUGUAUAACCAUGUUGUCAAGAAAUUACUCUAAAAUAUCCACAAAAUAAAAUGAAGCCAAAAUAU